AUGUUGGAGCAAGACAGUUCAGAUUUCAAGAUCCAUCCUCUCACACAGUUUCUUCAAUCCUUCACCGGCCUAAGACAUUUGAAACUGAAACUUUCCAGCUUUACACUCGAGCCUCACUUGGCCACUGCCAUUGCACACCAUCGUUCCUCAUUGCAGUCUCUCAUAUAUCACGAGAGAGAGCUUCAACUAAUUGAUGACGAGGGGCGAUUUCAAGAGCUACGAGAUAAAGAAAUGACUUUCAUGGUGCAACUUCCGCAUAUUGUUAAUUUGAGUCAGUUUUCAGCGCUAGCGCUUUGCGCUUCACCAUCAAAACUACGCUCUAUAUUGGAGCCUUUGCGCAAAGAAGCAUCGCUGCAUACCCUCCAUCUUCGGUGGACCGGAUCCGAAAAAUUACAUCGGAAUAUCCGAGAAGAACUGAUGUCUCGCCUAACAUCACCGCCAUUUCGUUCGCCUGGUCUUCAACUCAGGCCAAACGAGGUCAAGCUAGGAGGCAAUGAGUCGCAUCAGAUGGCUCGGACUAUUGUGGUCUCCAAAAGCUCACCAGAGGAAGACGAGUAUCUUGCAUUUGUACAGUGGGCAUUUGGUCCGCAAGGAAUGCCAUUUCUGGAGACCCUAGCUUUGGGUGAUUUCUCCUUCGGAGAUCGCUAUAGAAACCAGCAACUCUUGCUCCGACGAAAGACCAAAGAAGCACAAGAAAUCCAAUACCAGGAGAUCCAGCUACCUUGUGGUCUUCUUGACAGGGAUUUCUUUGUGGGAAUACUUGAUGAUGUGUCUUUCCAUGAAAAAUUGAUGGUUGAAGAUUUGAAUUUUCUCCGUGCUUGUCCAGAUGGAGGCUUGAUGGAUUCACCUUAUGAAUAG